CUAGCACAGCGGGGAAGCCUGGGGCGCACCAAUGCCCCUCCUUAUACCUCGCCCAGGCCUCGGAGCCGGGUCCCCACACGUGUGUCUCUCUAAAAGGCUGUUGGACCUGCGGCCCAGGGUAUCUGGCUGUGCUGCGAAGAGCGUCCCACUCGUUCCGCCCAGAUUACGCUCCUAGAUAGUCUUUGGGAGGGGUUAAAUGGAAGAGUGGGUGUGAAAGUACUUUUCAAAUCACAGAUGACCCGUCACCACCUCAAUUCCUUUACAACGUGUCUUGAGUCGUGUUUCUCUCCUGCCUAAGUGUCUCUGGGCCCCUGUCAAAACCUGGCGCCACAAAGACUCCCAGGGCUUUUGCUGUCCCCCCUUGUUGAUCUCAGAGCAAGCAGUACAGACCAGCCACAUCUUUGCUCACCGCUGGUGUGCAGUCGGUGUCCCACAGGGACAAGGAACUCCGUGGUGGCAGGGAGUAGAAGUGGCCUGAGGUCGGCCACUGGCUGGACGUGGUAUUAUUGCAGACCCCAAACCCACUGCCUUCAAGUUGAUUCUCACCCAAAUGACUGACCCUUUAGACUUUAGAGGGUUCCUGGAAGCGUACAGCCUCCAUGUCCUUGGAGCAGCUGAUGGGUUUGAACAGCCAACCUUGCAGUGAGCAGCCUGACACUUGACCCAGAGCACCACCAGCACUGUUUUGCCUGCAGGUGGCGCUGCCGCUAGGUACUAGGGGAGCGUGCUGCUGUGUCUAUGUUGGGGACCGGUGUGUUGAAUGUUGGGGUUCCUGGGUAGGGCCAUGUUUAGUGCUGGAGGACUGUGUGGUUAGGACUUGCACCAGCCCCUCCUCUGAACAGCUGUACCCAGGACUCAAGACCGUUGGAGGUUAAAGAUUCCAUCCAAGGUCACCCAGUGCCAAGUGGGGGCUGGCUCUGCAGGGGACGUUUUGACCCGAGACUAGCCCCUCCGCCCAGCAGAGGACGUGUGCUGUUGUGGAGAAGGCAGCACUUGGCAUACAGCUGUGGCCACUUGGUGUUCCCCAGAGGCCUGAAGAAGAUGCAGAGCUGCUUGAAGAUGGUGGACUGCAUCAUUGAGGUCCACGACGCCCGAAUUCCCCUUUCUGGCCGCAACCCUGUGUUUAAGGAAGCCCUGGGCCUCAGGCCACACCUGCUUGUCCUCAACAAGAUGGACUUGGCUGACCUCCGGGAGCAGCAGAAAAUUCUGCAGCACUUGGAAGGAGCAGGCUGGAGAAAUGUCAUUUUUACCAACUGUGUGAAGGACGAGAAUAUCGGGCAGGUCAUCCCUGCAGUCACAGAACUGAUCAGGAGCAGCUGCCGCUAUCACCGAGGAGAGAACUUGGAGUACUGCGUGAUGGUGAUUGGGGUCCCCAACGUGGGCAAGUCCUCCCUCAUCAAUGCCAUUAGGAGGCUGCACCUCAGGAAAGGGAAAGCCACCAGGGUGGGUAGCAUGCCCGGAGUCACCAGAGCUGUGAUGUCCAGAAUCCAGGUGUGUGAGCGGCCCCUGGUUUUCCUGCUGGACACCCCUGGGGUGCUGGCGCCACGGAUCGAGAGUGUGGAGACUGGCUUGAAGCUGGCCCUGUGUGGAACGGUGUUGGACCACUUGGUGGGUGAGGAGACCAUCGCCGAUUACCUGCUCUACGUGCUCAACAGGCAGCGGCUCUUCCAGUAUGUGCAGCACUAUGGACUGGGCGGGGCCUGUGACGACAUCGAGAGCGUGCUCAAGAGGGUGGCUCUGAAGCUGGGCAAGACCCAGAAGGUGAAGGUGCUCUCUGGCACUGGGAACGUGAACGUCGUACAGCCCAAUUACACGGCGGCCGCCGGCGACUUCCUCCAGGCCUUCCGCAGGGGGCAGCUGGGUCCCGUGAUGCUGGACGGAGACACCCUGGUCACCUGCACGGAGACCCACUCCUGACGCCCAGUGAAGCUGGUGCCCUGGGCUUGUUUGGCUGGGAGGCUCCUGGCAGUCCAGCCUCCAGGAAGUUCUGCUUAGGCUGGUCACUGCUCUCCUGGUCACAGUGACACCGAGGCCUGGACUCUGAGAACCCCAAAGGCACAGCAAUGAGGCCUGGACCUGGGAUGACCAGGAAACAGCAGCUGACCUGGGGUCUUGGGCCUUACACAGUAGGAACAAAGACUGAGGGUGUGUUUGGCCUCAGGAGACAGCAGCCCUGCCUAGUGGGGAGUUGUGCUUGUCAUCUCUUAAUGGCUUUGUUGUCUGGAAUGAACAAAGGCUGAUUACAAAGGC